CCUUGUUGGUACAAUUUUCAAUUUACAUUUGUUUGAAAUAUCAACACCUACAUGACAUAAUAUAAUCCACCCCUUCAUCAAUAUAUAUAAUAACAAUCCAUAUCGCUUUCUCUCAUAUACCAAUUUGAUUUCAUUACCUUACCAUAUGAAAAUCAUGGACUAUCACUAUGACACUCCCUCUUCCUCAUCUCACUCCAACCACUCCCUCCAACUUGCAGGGUCAACAUCCCUCUCUUCACAACGCAGCCUCCUCUCUGUUCCUUCCCUCAACUCUCACAAUCUCAAUCACCUUCAUACUUCCCACCUCAUCACAACCCUCAAAUCCCAUAACACAUCAUCCUACACAUCCUCUCUCACCCUCUUCGGUAAAUUCCUCCUCACCGGUUCAUCCGACAGAGAAAUCACAACCUGGAACAUAACUACCUCGGACGAACAAAACUCAACAAACAAAGUCGUCGCAGGAAAAGGCGCUGUUAAAUCCUUAGUUAUCCAAUCAAACAUACACACAAACACAAACACCCUUUUCAGUGCUCAUCAAGACCAUAAAAUCCGAGUUUGGAAACUAACCAACGACCAAAAAUACACCCAUUUAGCAACACUUCCAACACUCGGUGACCGUGCCUCCAAGAUUUUAAUCCCGAAAAACCAUGUCCAAAUUCGAAGACACAAAAAAUGCACGUGGGUUCAUCAUGUCGACACUGUUUCUUCACUUGCUCUGUCUAAAGAUGGAACCUUGUUGUACUCUGUUUCAUGGGACAGAACAAUCAAAAUCUGGCGAACAAAAGACUUCACUUGCUUGGAAUCAAUAACAAACGCACAUGAUGACGCUAUAAACGCGGUUGUAGUUUCUUACGACGGUGUUGUUUACAGUGGGUCAGCUGAUAAGAGAAUUAAAGUGUGGAAGAAUCUUCAACAUGAUGAGAAACAUAAACAGAAACACUGUUUGGUUGAUACCUUGGAGAAACACAACUCAGGAAUCAAUGCUUUGGUUUUGAGCAGUGAUGAAUCUGUUCUGUAUUCCGGUGCUUGUGAUAGAUCAAUAUUGGUUUGGGAGAAAGACGAUGAUGCUGAUGCUGAUGAUGAUGAUGAUGAUGGAAAAAUGGUGGUCGUGGGUGCGUUAAGAGGACACACAAACUCUAUACUAUGUUUGGCUGUUGUUUGGGAUUUGUUGUGUAGUGGUUCAGCAGACAAAACCAUAAGAAUUUGGAGAGGUGUUGGUAGAGAUUAUUGUUGUUUGUCUGUUUUAGAAGGACAUCAAGGUUCAAUUAAGUGCUUAACUGCAGUGGUUGAAAACUGUGAUGAUAAUUCAGAAUCAGAAGAAGCGUCUUUUUUAGUUUAUAGUAGUAGUUUGGACUGUGACAUUAAGGUUUGGCAGAUUUUUGUUCCUGCUAUGUAAAAUCUAUUUAUUUUUCACUUUUAGAUGGAAGCUGUUUUUCUUCUCAGCUUUUCAAAUAAGUGAUUUUAGAAUCAUGUUAGUAACUCCAUGAGAACUUAUUUAUUGGUUAUGACUUAUGAAUGAUGAUCCGUGUAUGACUUUUCAGCUAGUAAUGUUUAUGGUUGAUUGAAGCUGUUUGGGUGUGAAUGUGAAUAUAUAAAUAUUAUAACUUGAUAUUCUAUUAUGAGAUAUAUGACUU